ACUUAGGAAUUAACAAAUUGGUUACUAGUGAAUGUUGAAUUUUGAGCUUGAAUGACCAAGUUGACCAAGACGAAAUAAAGAGUUUGAUGGACAAAAAUUAACUAAAUGACUUCAACAUGGGAUGUGGUUCAAGUUCAUCAUUUGACCUUGCACCCCAUGAAGGUCAGGGUCAUGGAAGGUCAAAGUUGAAGUUGCCAAAGUUGCUGAUAAUUGGUGGAUUGGAGAAUGCAGAACCCACUGGUAGAAUUGAUAUCUACUCAUUGAAGGGGAUGGAAUUCGAAAGAUCUUUGGAGCUUCCCAAGACUUGCUAUAAUGACAAGGAUGUGGCGUUGGCUGUUACAUCAGUUGUACAACACCCUGGCAGAACCGUAUUGUUCCUAACAGGUAAAAUGCCAAAACAGCAGGAUUUGAUAAUGGUCAAUAGCUCUCCCUUUUGGAUGAUAGACCUAACAAUGUCUACCCAGAAUGCAACAAAACUUGCAGACGUUCCACUAGAAAGUUCAGAAUUUUCAUGUUACGCAAAAGUUGAUGGAAAGGAAUACAUUUACUGUGUUGGAGAUUACCAAUUUACACGUUAUGACAUCAUCAAUGAUUCUUGGUGUACGUUAUUACCCAUAGAAUUAGAUGGAGUCGUCAAAUGUCGAGGAUUAUAUGUUGCAGAUGGCUACAUCUACGCCAUCUUUGAAGAUACUAUUAUGGAGUAUAACACGCUCGAUGGACUACAUGGGCAUUGGUCGAGUGUUAUGGACAAAGGCUCAAAAAGAGAUGGAAAAACUGCAGUUGCGGAUCACAAAUUUUACACAACUUGCAUCAACGAGAAAGCCGUAUAUGUUUUCAAUCCUGACACUCGGCAUACUGAUCUUUACGCAAAAAUCGACCCAAAUGAUCUCAAUCAGAAAUGUGGAGUUGUGGGAUUCGGAAAAAGUUUGUAUUUCACCGGCUGUGGCUCAGAGAAAUCAAGAAAUUCCAUCCUCGAAUUUGAUCUCAAGAACAAAACUCUCUCCCUAGUGGGGAAUAUAAAACAAAAAAAUGAAAACCAUUUAGCGAUUAUCUGCAAACUUCCUGAAUCAUAAGACUUGAUCUUGGUAGUUUUUCUUAUAUAUAAUUAUACUUUCUUAAGUAUAAUUUCAAUGCAAUAUAAGUUGCAAUAUUUGCAAUUAAUAUGCAAUAUAAUGUAUAUUGACACAAUUGAUGUAUCCAUUGUCUAUCAUUGACAUUCCAUACAAGUGGACUUUGAACAUAAAACAUCAUGCAAUGCAGUGAUUUAGAAUGAUUUAUUUUGGACAAUGAAUAAUAAGAAAUCACCCAUUAUUGAAAAAAUUGUCAAUUAAAUAUUUUUUCUUUUGUUUCUUUUUUCAGUUCAACUGUCAAAAUUUUACAACGUUACGUGGGAAAACUCCUACCCGUUAAAAAUGUAUGCUACAGGAACAGGGAAUUCAAAUGUGCCAAACUUUUGGAGGGGAGUGUACACAAGAGCACAUUUUGAAAUUUUAAGACAA